CCUCCAAACACCUUCAUAAUCAUAUAUACCACAAAUAAUGGCGAAUAAUUUCCCCUAGACCCCUACGGUACACGCUACUGCACCCAUUCAACUGGGUUGACGCCGGUAGUGCGGCGGUAGUCAGUGCCACCCCCGCAUAAUGAUGUUCAUACUCUAUUUCACUCUAUUUCGCACAUGUGGAAGUGGUGGAAGUGCAUGUUCCCCCUCAUCCCCUCCCCCUGGUUUCCCCAAUUUCCAAGCUUUCUCCAUCUUCCUCUCAUACUUUCUCAUACUCUAGCAUAGAAUAGACUCCUCCAACUCGGCCCGCUGACGAAGCGCGCUGUUAGAACCCUCAAAUUGACCCGCAGUUGUAGUUUGUUUGUCGUGUUUCACGAUUCGCGUUCAGGUGGUGAACGGCGCUUAGGGUCAUCAUCCAAGGAGACUUCGUCCGUGUUACGUCGACUACAAAUACAACUGUUGCUGUCACAAUCAUGGCUCUCACCAGCAACUGCGCAGAUUUCAUACCUCGAUAAUCAUGUUUUUCAACCGCCCUGCUCUUGUAGCCCGAUCCCUCGCCGUCGCUGCGGCGUUCUUCAACAGCGCGGAUGCAAAGACAGCUGCAGAAUGGCGCGAGGCGUCGAUCUACCAGGUCCUAACAGAUCGAUUCGCGACUACAGAUGGCACAUCGCCACACUGUGAUAUCAGCAACUACUGCGGCGGCACGUGGAAGGGGAUAGAGAAUAAGCUCGAUUACAUCCAGGGCAUGGGCUUUGAUGCUGUUUGGAUUUCUCCUGUUAUUCAUAAUAUUGAGGACAGUACCCAGUGGGGCCAAGCGUACCAUGGGUACUGGGGCAACGACCCAUCCUCUCUCAACCCCCACUUCGGGACUCCAGCCGAUCUGAAGAGCCUUUCCGACGCUCUGCACGGCCGCGGCAUGUCCCUCAUGAUAGACGUCGUCAUCAACCAUUUGGCUGCGAACCAGGCUUCUGGCUCGGUGGACUAUUCCGUCUUCCCAGCGCCAUUCAACACCGCGUCCGCCUUCCACAACCCAUGCAGCAUCGACUACAAUAAUCAAGGCUCAAUUGAAAAUUGUUGGCUCGUAACUGACACUCCCUCGCUCCCUGACGUCAAUUCUGAGAACGGAGAUGUCUACACAGCCAUGGUGAACAGCGUCGCAGACAUUGUCAAAACCUACGGCAUUGACGGCAUCCGUCUCGACACCGCCAAACACGUCCCGAAACCUUACCUUACUCAAUUCCAGGAGGCAGUCGGCGUCUACGUGACAGGGGAGGUGCUCGAUGGGAACCCCGAUUUCGUGGCGGGGUACGAAGGCCCUAUAUCUAGCGUACUCAACUACCCGCUGUGGUACGCCCUCAUCGACUCGUUCAUGGGUGCAGACUUCAGCCGCCUAGCUAGCAUGAUGGGCACAGUGGUCUCUACCUUCAAAGACGUCAACGCUAUGGCAAAUUUCCUCGAUAACCAUGACCAGCCGCGUUUUGCCAGCCGUCAGGGCAACGACGUGGUGAGAGAUAGAAAUGCGGCCACGUACUUGAUGUUUGCAUCUGGUAUCCCGGUGGUGUACUAUGGAUUUGAGCACCGCUUUGGUGGUGCAGCCGACCCGAAUAAUCGCGAGGCUCUGUGGGGGAGUGGAUAUAACACCGAUGCGGCGUUGUAUAAGCAUAUCGCGCAGCUACAUCAGAUUAGAGACAUUGCUUCGAAUCUUGCGGGCAAGGCGGAGUAUUUCGCAUGGGGCGCUGAGGUUCUUGGGACGUCGAGUCAGUAUCUGGCAAUGAAGAGGGGCCCGAUCGUGGUUGUUGUGUCGAAUGUUGGGGCAGCGGGUACAAUCAACGGAUUCAGCGUCCCAUCGUCUCAGUUCGAUUCUGGGGAUACAAUUGUCGACCUCUUUACCUGCACAACGGUAACCGCAGGUACCGGAGGUGCAUUCCAGAGCGCGGCAAACAAUGGCGAAUCCAGAGUAUGGAUACGCACCCAGGACAAGGGCAGCUUUUGCCCUUAAGGGAACAGACUUCUUGGCAAAGGGUAGAGGAAAUCGGAGCCCCCUCCGUUACUGGCAUACGACUUUUACGCACAAUAACUUUAACUACGUGUAUAUAUGUAUUAUCUUCACAAUAUCCCCGGGUCACAUAGCUGA